CUUGCACCUAGCAGGUGACCUCAGCAAUGAAGUCACUUGCCCUCCUUGAGCCUCAGUGUUGCCCUCAGUUAAACAUUGCUCUCGUGUGUUGCUGAGCAUUCAGUGAGAUUGUAUAUGAAGUGAUCAUUGUGAAGGUACUGGGACAUAAUUUGGGAAAGUGUCCUGGUCUAAGCUUUUGAUUGGCUCUCCAUCAUUUGGGUAAUGGGAUAGUGAUUUAGGAGUACCGUAGCAGGUCAAGGGGCCCUUCUGGAAAGGGUAUGAGGAAGGUCAGGGACAAGUCUGAAAUGAAUCAUCCUGGGCUUAAUGCCUGUGACUGGGCAGUGGGUACAAUUAUCUCAGGCUAGUCAGUAGUCAUUUAUUGUGAGACUACAUGGGCAGAUUUUUUAAUUUCCUUCUCAGUCUAGACUUGAAUGCAAACAGUUCUUAUUGCUAACUUACCACUAGUCACCACUAAUGCACAAAGACUAUGAACAGGAAAUUCAUAAAAGAAGAGAUACAGAUGGCCAAUGAAGAUAGGAAAAGAGUUCUGCCUGCUGGUAAUCAAAGAGAUGCAAACGAAAACAAAAAUGAUGCCUUUUCACCUACCAAAUUUGUCAAGAUUAAAAAGAAAGCAAAGAGCCAGCGUCAGCUGAUGUUCAUACCUGCACCUGCUCGGUAGCUUGCUAAUGUUCUGCCUGCUCCACACGCCAGGCCAGCCUCCACGGCGCAGCCAGGGAAGAAAAGUCAGAAGACCAGGACCUCCAGGGCCUCAAGGACAAACCCCUCAAGUUUAAAAAGGUGAAGAAAGAUAAGAAAGAAGAGAAAGAGGGCAAGCAUGAGCCCGUGCAGCCGUCAGCCCACCACUCUGCCGAGCCCGCAGAGGCAGGCAAAGCAGAGACAUCAGAAGGGUCGGGCUCCGCCCCGGCUGUGCCGGAAGCUUCUGCCUCCCCCAAACAGCGGCGCUCCAUCAUCCGUGACCGGGGACCCAUGUAUGAUGACCCCACCCUGCCUGAAGGCUGGACACGGAAACUUAAGCAAAGGAAAUCUGGCCGCUCUGCUGGGAAGUAUGAUGUGUAUUUGAUCAAUCCCCAGGGAAAAGCCUUUCGCUCUAAAGUGGAGUUGAUUGCGUACUUCGAAAAGGUAGGCGACACAUCCCUGGACCCUAAUGAUUUUGACUUCACGGUAACUGGGAGAGGGAGCCCCUCCCGGCGAGAGCAGAAACCACCUAAGAAGCCCAAAUCUCCCAAAGCUCCAGGAACUGGCAGAGGCCGGGGACGCCCCAAAGGGAGCGGCACCACGAGACCCAAGGCGGCCACGUCAGAGGGUGUGCAGGUGAAAAGGGUCCUGGAGAAAAGUCCUGGGAAGCUCCUUGUCAAGAUGCCUUUUCAAACUUCGCCAGGGGGCAAGGCUGAGGGGGGUGGGGCCACCACAUCCACCCAGGUCAUGGUGAUCAAACGCCCUGGCAGGAAGCGAAAAGCCGAGGCUGACCCUCAGGCCAUUCCCAAGAAACGGGGCCGAAAGCCGGGGAGUGUGGUGGCAGCUGCUGCCGCCGAGGCCAAAAAGAAAGCCGUGAAGGAGUCUUCUAUCCGAUCUGUGCAGGAGACCGUACUCCCCAUCAAGAAGCGCAAGACCCGGGAGACGGUCAGCAUCGAGGUCAAGGAAGUGGUGAAGCCCCUGCUAGUGUCCACCCUCGGUGAGAAGAGCGGGAAAGGACUGAAGACCUGUAAGAGCCCUGGGCGGAAAAGCAAGGAGAGCAGCCCCAAGGGGCGCAGCAGCAGCGCCUCCUCGCCCCCCAAGAAGGAGCACCACCACCAUCACCACCACUCAGAGUCCCCAAAGGCCCCCGUGCCGUUGCUCCCACCCCUGCCCCCACCUCCACCCGAGCCCGAGAGCUCCGAGGACCCCACCAGCCCCCCUGAGCCCCAGGACUUGAGCAGCAGCGUCUGCAAAGAGGAGAAGAUGCCCAGAGGAGGCUCACUGGAGAGCGACGGCUGCCCCAAGGAGCCAGCUAAGACUCAGCCCGCGGUUGCCACCGCCGCCACAGCCGCAGAAAAGUACAAACACCGAGGGGAGGGAGAGCGCAAAGACAUUGUUUCAUCCUCCAUGCCAAGGCCAAACAGAGAGGAGCCUGUGGACAGCCGGACGCCCGUGACCGAGAGAGUUAGCUGACUUUACACAGAGUGGAUUGCAAAGCAAACCAACAAGAAUAAAGGCAGCUGUUGUCUCUUCUCCUUAUGGGUAGGGCUCUGACAAAGCUUCCCGAUUAACUGAAAUAAAAAAUAUUUUUUUUUCUUUCAGUAAACUUAGAGUUUCGUGGCUUCAGGGUGGGAGUAGUUGGAGCAUUGGGGAUGUUUUUCUUACCGACAAGCACAGUCAGGUUGAAGACCUAACCAGGGCCAGAAGUAGCUUUGCACUUUUCUAAACUAGGCUCCUUCAACAAGGCUUGCUGCAGAUACUACUGACCAGACAAGCUGUUGACCAGGCACCUCCUCCCCUCCCGUCCAAACCUUUCCCACAUGUGGUCGUUAGAGACAGAGCAGUUGAGAGGAUACUGCCGUUUUCGGUGCCAUCAGUGCCCCGUCUACAGCUCCCCCAGCUCCCCCCACCUCCCCCACUCCCAACCACGUUGGGACAGGGAGGUGUGAGGCAGGAGAGACAGUUGGAUUCUUUAGAGAAGAUGGAUAUGACCAGUGGCUAUGGCCUGUGCGAUCCCACCCGUGGCGGCUCAAGUCUGGCCCCACACCAGCCCCAAUCCAAAACUGGCAAGGACGCUUCACAGGACAGGAAAGUGGCACCUGUCUGCUCCAGCUCUGGCAUGGCUAGGAGGGAGUCGUCCCUUGAACUACUGGGUGUAGACUGGCCUGAACCACAGGAGAGGAUGGCCCAGGGUGAGGUGGCAUGGUCCAUUCUCAAGGGACGUCCUCCAAUGGGUGGCGCUAGAGAGGCCAUGGAGGCAGUAGGACAAGGCGCAGGCAGGCUGGCCCGGGGUCAGGCCGGGCAGAGCACAGCGGGGUGAGAGGGAUUCCUAAUCACUCAGAGCAGUCUGUGGCUGGUAGUUAGGGACUUAGUAGACAGGGGAGGGGGCAAAGGGGGAGGAGAAGAAAAUGUUCUUCCAGUUACUUUCCAGUUCUUUAGGGACAGCUUAGAAUUAUUUGCACUAUUGAGUCUUCAUGUUCCCACUUCAAAACAAACAGAUGCUCUGAGGGCAAACUGGCUUGAAUUGGUGACAUUUAGUCCCUCAAGCCACCAGAUGUGAUGGUGUUGAGAACUACCUGGAUUUGUAUAUAUACCUGCGCUUGUUUUAAAGUGGGCUCAGCACAUAGGGUUCCCACGAAGCUCCGAAACUCUAAGUGUUUGCUGCAAUUUUAUAAGGACUUCCUGAUUGUUUUCUCUUCUCCCCUCCCAUUUUGGCCUUUUGUUCAUUUCAUCCUUUCACUUCUUUCCCUUCCUCCGUCCUCCUUCUUCCUAGUUCAUCCCUUCUCUUCCAGGCAGCCGCAGUGCCCAACCACACUUGUCGGCUCCAGUCCCUAGAACUCUGCCUGUCCUUUGUCCUCCUGCUGCCAGUACCAGCCCCACCCUGUUUUGAACCCUGAGGAGGUCUUGGGCUCUGCUGAGUCCGACCUGGCCUGUCUGUGAAGAGCAAGAGAGCAGCAAGGUCUUGCUCUCCUAGGUAGCCCCCUCUUCCCUGGUAAGAAAAAGCAAAAGGCAUUUCCCACCCUGAACAACAAGCCUUUUCACCCUUCUACUCUAGAGAAGUGGACUGGAGGAGCUGGGCCCGAUUUGGUAGCUGAGGAAAGCACAGAGGCCUCCUGUGGCCGGCCAGUCAUUGAGUGGCCCAACAGGGACUCCAUGCCACCCGACCUUGACCUCACUCAGAAGUCCAGAAUCUAGCGUAGUGCAGCAGGGCAGUAGCAGUACCAAUGCAGAACUCCCGAGACCCGAGCCGGGACCAGCACCAAGGUCCCCAGCCCUUCCUCUGCUCCCCCUUUUCCCUCGGAGUUCUUCUCCAAUGGAAAUGUUUUGCUUUUGCUCAAUGCAGACAGUGGGGCCAGAACACCACACAUUUUACUAUCUGGUCCGUAGCUGUGGUGUAGGGGCUUAGAGGCAUGGGCUUGCUGUGGAUUUUUAAUUGAUCAGUUUUCAUUUGGGAUCCCAUCUUUUUAACCUCGUCCAGGAAGUCCUUAUCUAGCUGCAUAUCUUCAUCAUAUUGGUAUAUCCUUUUCUGUGUUUACAGAGAUGUCUCUUAUAUCUAAAUCUGUCCAACUGAGAAGUACCUUAUCAAAGUAGCAAAUGAGACAGCAGUCUUAUGCUUCCAGAAACACCCACAGGCAUGUCCCAUGUGAGCUGCUGCCAUGAACUGUCAAGUGUGUGUUGUCUUGUGUAUUUCAGUUAGUGUCCCUGGCUUCCUUACUACGGUGUAAUCAUGAAGGAGUGAAACAUCAUAGAAACUGUCUAGCACUUCCUUGCCAGUCUUUAGUGAUCAGGAACCAUAGUUGACAGUUCCAAUCAGUAGCUUAAGAAAAAACCGUGUUUGUCUCUUCUGGAAUGGUUAGAAGUGAGGGAGUUUGCCCCAUUCUGUUUGUAGAGUCUCAUAGUUGGACUUUCUAGCAUAUAUGUAUCCAUUUCCUUAUGCUGUAAAAGCAAGUCCUGCAACCAAACUCCCAUCAGCCCAAUCCCUGAUCCCUGAUCCCUUCCACCUGCUCUGCUGAUGACCCCCCCACCCCCAGCUUCACUUCUGACUCUUCCCCAGGAAGAGAAGGGGGGUCAGAGGAGAGGGUGAGUCCUCCAGAACUCUUCCUCCAAGGACAGAAGGCUCCUACCCCCAUCGUGGCCUCGCACUCCUGGCACUACCAAAGGACACUUAUCCACGAGAGCGCAGCAUCCGACCAGGUUGUCACUGAGAAGAUGUUUAUUUUGGUCAGUUGGGUUUUUAUGCAUUAUACUUAGUCAAAUGAAAUGUGGCUUCUGGAAUCAUUGUCCAGAGCUGCUUCCCCAUCACCUGGGUGUCAUCUGGUCCUGGUAAGAGGAGUGCGUGGCCCACCAGGCCCCCCCUGUCACCCAUGACAGUUCAUUCAGGGCCGAUUGGGCAGUCGUGGUUGGGAACACAGCAUUUCAAGCGUCACUUUAUUUCAUUCGGGCCCCACCUGCAGCUCCCUCGUUCCCCAGCCUCUUUCCCUUCCAGUUUAUUCCAGAGCUGCCAGUGGGGCCUGAGGCUCCUUAGGAUUUUCUCUCUGUUUCCCCCUUUCUUCCUCAUUCCCUCUUCUUUCCCAAAGGCAUCACGAGUCAGUCGCCUUUCAGCAGGCAGCCUUGGCGGUUUAUCGCCCUGGCAGGCAGGGGCCCUGCAGCUCCCAUGCUGCCUCUGCUUUGGGGUCAGGUUGACAGGAGGUUGGAGGGAAAGCCUUAAGCUGCAGGAUUCUCACCAGCUGUGUCCGGCCCAGUUUUGGGGUGUGACCUCAAUUUCAGUUUUGUCUGUACUUGAACAUUAUGAAGAUGGGGGCCUCUUUCAGUGAAUUUGUGAACAAUAGAAUUGACCGACAGCUUUCCAGUACCCAUGGGGCUAGGUCAUUAAGGUCACAUCCACAGUCUCCCCCACCCUUGUUCCAGUUGUUAGUUACUACCUCCUCUCCUGACAAUACUGUAUGUCGUCAAGCUCCCCCCAGGUCUACCCCUCCCGGCCCUGCCUGGUGGUGGGCUUGUCAUAGCCAGUGGGAUCGCCGGCCUUGACAGCUCAGUGAGCUGGAGAUGCUUGGUCACAGCCAGGCGCUAGCACAGCUCCCUUCUGCUGAUGCUGUAUUCCCAUAUCAAAAGGCACAGGGGACACCCAGAAACGCCACAUCCCCCAAUCCAUCAGUGCCAAACUAGCCAACGGCCCCAGCUUCUCAGCUCGCUGGAUGGCGGAAGCUGCUACUAAUGAGCGCCGAUGCGGGUGCAGACAAUCUUCUGUUGGGUGGCAUCAUUCCAGGCCCGAAGCAUGAACAGUGCACCUGGGACAGGGAGCAGCCCCAAAUUGUUACCUGCUUCUCUGCCCAGCUUUUCAUUGCUGUGACAGUGAUGGCAAAAGAGGGUAAUAACCAGACACAAACUGCCAAGUUUGGUGGAGAAAGGAGUUUCUUUAGCUGACAGAACCUCUGAAUUUUAAAUCACUUAGUAAGCGGCUCAAGCCCAGGAGGGAGCAGAGGGAUACGAGCGGAGUCCCCUGCACGGGACCAUCUGGAUUUGGUUUAGCCCAAGUGGAGCCUGACAGCCAGAACUCUGUGUCCCCCCUCUAACCACAGCUCCUUUUCCAGAGCAUUCCAGUUAGGCUCUCUGGGCUGACUGGGCCAGGAGAGGUCACAGGUACCAGUUCUUUAAGAAGACCUUUGGGCAUAUACAUUUUUAGCCUGUGUCAUUGCCCCAAAUGGAUUCCUGUUUCAAGUUCACACUGGCAGAUUCUAGGACCUGUGUCCUAGACUUCAGGGAGUGAGCUGUUUCUAGAGUCCCUACCAUGGAGCGGGUCUGGAGGACCUGCCCGGUUGGGGGGCAGAGCCCUGCUCCCUCCGGGUCUUCCUGCUCUUCUCUCUGCUCUGAUGGGAUUUGUUGAUUCUCUCCAUUUUGGUGUCUUUCUCUUUUAGAUACUGUAUCAAUCUUUAGAAAAGGCAUAGUCUACUUGUUAUAAAUCGCUAGGAUACUGCCUCCCCCAGGGUCUAAAAUUGCAUAUUAGAGGGGAAAAGCUGAACACUGAAGUCAGUUCUCAACAAUUUAGAAGGAAAACCUAGAAAACAUUUGGCAGAAAAUUACAUUUCGAUGUUUUUGAAUGAAUAAGAGCAAGCUUUUAUAAAAAUGCUGAUCUAAAAAUACUUAGCACUUGGCCUGAGAUGCCUGGUGAGCAUUACAGGCAAGGGGACUCUGUGGAGGUAGAGCCGGCCUGAGGGCAUGACUCUGACCCUGUCUUUUGGGAGUGACCUGGAAGGCCCAGCACCACCCUACUUCCCACUCUUUCAUCUUGACAGAGCCUGCCCCAGCACUGAUGUGUCAGGAAAACACCCAGGGAACUAGGAAGGCACUUCUGCCUGAGGGGCAGCCUGCCUUGCCCACUCCUGCUCUGCUUGCCUCAGAUCAGCGGGCCUUCUGAGCUGGCCUCUCACUGCCUCCCCAAGGCCCCCUGCCUGCCCUGUCAGGAGGCAGAAGGAAGCAGGUGUGAGGGCAGUGCAAGGAGGGAGCACAACUCCCCGCUCCGGGCUCCAACUUUACACAGGCAGAGCCCAGACCCUGGAGGAAAUCCUACCUUUGAAUUCAAGAACAUUUGAGGAAUUUGGAAAUCUCUUUGCUCCCAAACCCCCAUUCCGUCCUACCUUUAAUCAGGUCCUGCUCAGCAGUGAGAGCAGAUGAGGUGAAAAGGCCAAGAGGUUUGGCUCCUGCCCACUGAUAGCCCCUCUCCCUGCAGUGUUUGUGUGUCAAGUGGCAAAGCUGUUCUUCCUGGUGACCCUGAUUAUAUCCAGUAACGCAUAGACUGUGCGCAUAGGCCUGCUUUGUCUCCUCUAUCCUGGGCUUUUGUUUUGCUUUUUAGUUUUGCUUUUAGUUUUUCUGUCCCUUUUAUUUAACGCACCGACUAGACACACAAAGCAGUUGAAUUUUUAUAUAUAUAUCUGUAUAUUGCACAAUUAUAAACUCAUUUUGCUUGUGGCUCCACACACAAAAAAAGACCUGUUAAAAUUAUACCUGUUGCUUAAUUACAAUAUUUCUGAUAACCAUAGCAUAGGACAAGGGAAAAUAAAAAAAAGAAAAAAAAAGAAAAAAAAACGACAAAUCUGUCUGCUGGUCACUUCUUCUGUCCAAGCAGAUUCGUGGUCUUUUCCUCGCUUCUUUCAAGGGCUUUCCUGUGCCAGGUGAAGGAGGCUCCAGGCAGCACCCAGAUUUUGCACUCUUGUUUCUCCCGUGCUUGGGAAAGAGGUCCCAAGGUUCUGGGUGCAGGAGCGCUCCUUUGACCUGCUGAAGUCUGGAACGUAGUCGGCACAGCCUGGUCCCCUUCCACCUCUGGGAGCUGGAGUCCACUGGGGUGGCCUGACUCCCCCAAUCCCCUUCCCGUGACCUGGUCAGGGUGAGCCCAUGUGGAGUCAGCCUCGCAGGCCUCCCUGCCAGUAGGGUCUGAGUGUGUUUCAUCCUUCCCACUCUGUCGAGCCUGGGGGCUGGAGCGGAGACGGGAGGCCUGGCCUGUCUCGGAACCUGUGAGCUGCACCAGGUAGAACGCCAGGGACCCCAGAAUCAUGCGCGUCAGUCCAAUGGGUCCCCUCCAGGAAGUAGUGAAGACUCCAGAAAUGUCCCUUUCUUCUCCCCCAUCCUACGAGUAAUUGCAUUUGCUUUUGUAAUUCUUAAUGAGCAAUAUCUGCUAGAGAGUUUAGCUGUAACAGUUCUUUUUGAUCAUCUUUUUUUUAAUAAUUAGAAACACCAAAAAAAAUCCAGAAACUUGUUCUUCCAAAGCAGAGAGCAUUAUAAUCACCAGGGCCAAAAGCUUCCCUCCCUGCUGUCAUUGCUUCUUCUGAGGCCUGAAUCCAAAAGAAAAACAGCCAUAGGCCCUUUCAGUGGCCGGGCUACCCGCGAGCCCCUCGGAGGACCAGGGCUGGGGCAGCCUCUGGGCCCACAUCCGGGGCCAGCUCUGGCGUGUGUUCAGUGUUAGCAGUGGGUCAUGAUGCUCUUUCCCACCCAGCCUGGGAUAGGGGCAGAGGAGGCGAGGAGGCCGUUGCCGCUGAUGUUUGGCCGUGAACAGGUGGGUGUCUGCGUGCGUCCACGUGCAUGUUUUCUGACUGACAUGAAAUCGACGCCCAAGUUAGCCUCACCCGGUGACCUCUAGCCCUGCCCGGAUGGAGCGGGGCCCACCCGGUUCAGUGUUUCUGGGGAGCUGGACAGUGGAGUGCAAAAGGCUUGCAGAACUUGAAGCCUGCUCCUUCCCUUGCUACCACGGCCUCCUUUCUGUUUGAUUUGUCACUGCUUCAAUCAAUAACAGCCGCUCCAGAGUCAGUAGUCAAUGAAUAUAUGACCAAAUAUCACCAGGACUGUUACUCAAUGUGUGCCGAGCCCUUGCCCAUGCUGGGCUCCCGUGUAUCUGGACACUGUAACGUGUGAUGUGUUUGCUCUCCUUCCCCUUCCUUCUUUGCCCUUUACUUGUCUUUCUGGGGUUUUUCUGUUUGGGUUUGGUUUGGUUUUUAUUUCUCCUUUUGUGUUCCAAACAUGAGGUUCUCGCUACUGGUCCUCUUAACUGUGGUGUUGAGGCUUAUAUUUGUGUAAUUUUUGGUGGGUGAAAGGAAUUUUGCUAAGUAAAUCUCUUCUGUGUUUGAACUGAAGUCUGUAUUGUAACUAUGUUUAAAGUAAUUGUUCCAGAGACAAAUAUUUCUAGACACUUUUUCUUUACAAAAGCAUUAGGACGGAGGGGGGAUGGUGACUGAGAUGAGAGGGGAGAGCUGAACAGAUGACCCCUGCCCAGAUCAGCCAGAAGCCACCCAAAGCAGUGGAGCCCAGGAAUCCCACUCCAAGCCAGCAAGCCGAAUAGCUGAUGUAUUGCCACUUUCCAAGUCGCUGCAAAACCAGGUUUUGUUCUGCCCAGUGGAUUCUUGUUUUGCUUCCCCUCCCCCCGAGAUUAUUACCACCAUCCCGUACUUUUAAGGAAAGACAAGAUUGAUGUUUCCUUGAAGGGAGCCAGGAGGGGAUGUGUGUGCGCAGAGCUGAAGAGCUGAGGAGAAUGGGGCUGGGCCCGCCCGAGCAGGAGGCUGGGACGCUCUGCUGUGGGCACAGGUCAGGCUAAUGUUGGCAGAUGCAUUUGGCCACUCCCCCUGAUGCAGCUCUUCCUGGACAGGCCAGGUGGUGGGCAUUCUCUCUCCAAGGUGUGCCCCAUGGGCAUUACUGUUUAAGACACUUCUGUCACAUCCCACCCCAUCCUCCAGGGCUCAACACUGUGACAUCUCUAUUCCCCACCCUCCCCUUCCCAGGGCAAUAAAAUGACCAUGGAGGGGGCUUGCACUCUCUUGGCUGUCAUCCAAUCGCCAGCAAAAUUUAGAUGUGAGAAACCCCCUUCCCAUUCCAUGGCAAAAACAUCUCCUUCUUAGAAAAGCCAUUACCCUCAUUAGGCAUGGUUUUGGGCUCCCAAAACACCUGACAGCCCCUCCCUCCUCUGAGAGGCGGAAAUAGUGCUGACUGUAGUAACCAUUGCAUGCGGGGUGCAGCAUCUGGAAGAGCCAGGCAGGGUGUCUGCCCCCUCCUGAGUGGAAGUCAUGCUCUCCUGUGCCAGCCCAGAGGCCGAGAGCUGUGGACAGCAUUGCCAGUAACAACAGGCCACCCUGUGCAGAAGGGAGCUGGCUCCAGCCUGGAAACCCGUCUGAGGUUGGGAGAGGUGCACUUGGGGCACGGGGAGAGGUGCACUUGGGGCACGGGGAGAGGCCGGGACACACUUAGCUGGAGAUGUCUCUAAAAGCCCUGUAUCGUAUUCACCUUCAGUUUUUGUGUUUUGGGACAAUUACUUUAGAAAAUAAGUAGGUCGUUUUAAAAAAAAUUAUUGAUUGCUUUUUGUAGUGUUCAGAAAAAAGGUUCUUUGUGUAUAGCCAAAUGACUGAAAGCACUGAUAUAUUUAAAAACAAAAGGCAAUUUAUUAAGGAAAUUUGUACCAUUUCAGUAAACCUGUCUGAAUGUACCUGUAUACGUUUCAAAAACACUCCCCCCACUGAAUCCCUGUAACCUAUUUAUUAUAUAAAGAGUUUGCCUUAUAAAUUUACAUAAAAAUGUCCGUUUGUGUCUUUUGUUGUAAAAAUCAAGUGAUUUUUUCAUAAGGUUCUUUUACUAUUGGAAAAGAUGGGCAGCACGCAGUUUUAUUUUAUUUUUGUAAGUUUUUUAAUACAUGUGAAAGCAAAGAAUACUCAGCAUGCCUUUCUAAGUGACGCGUUUGCACCUUUUGUUGGGAAGUACUGUAUCCUGUGCUGUUAGCAUUCUCGAUAAAUCUCUCUGUGAAAGUGA